AUGCCGCCGAAACGAAAGUUCAAAGGCACAAAGGUCAUCUCUAACAGCCCUCUGAAGGCACCGCGUAAUUCUCUGGAUGAAAACGCGCAAAACGAGGAUGCAACUCCCGACCAUGAGGAUGCGCGACCAGCCAAGCGCAGCCGAACAUCGUCCGAUUCUGGUUCGCCGCAGAGAUCCAAUGGCUCAUUCGACAACAACACACCCAUGAAUGGCACCCAAACUCCAGAGCUUCAGAAACCUGCAUCUAGUGCGACUUCAACGGCACCAAAAACAGCAGCAAAGAGGAGACGCGCAUCAGACGAUUCAUCACAGUCCAGCAAAACACGUCCAAACGGAGUUCUCACCCGAACCCAAAGCGAUGUCUCCGAACAACAACCGCGCAAAAAGCGCAAAACAAAAGAAUCGCAAACCGACACCGCCGCCGACCAACCUCCUGAGUUAACUGAUGCUAGCACUGCACCCAACUCACCUGAGCAGGUUCCAGAUGUUGACGGCAGUCAAAGCCUUCAGAACGUUCUGCCGACCAAUGGCGAUGCCCCUGCAAAGUCCGGCAGGCGUUUGCCCGGUCGUCGGCGCCAACCGCAUCCGGACAUCAAUGUGGAGACAGAUUUGCGCCGACAGCUCAAUCUUAAGAUGAGCUAUCGCAGUCUUGCAAAGGUCCAAAAGGCUUUAUUAGAAGAGUUGGCAAACCGUACUACGAAGAAUCUUGAAGAUGACCCCCAGUAUCACAAGAAAUGUCCGGAGUACGAAGCCGUCAUGGCCCAGCUGGACCAACGCCGCGACUCCCGUCUGGACCAGAUCAAUUCUCUGCGCACAUAUCGACUCGAGGAAUUAGAGCGCAUCCGCGUCGCCGAGGAGCACAUUCAGCGAGAGCAAUACGUCAAUCGAUUCCGGGAACUUCAGGAUGACUUUAUGCUCCAAAUAUUCUUCCGCGCGAAGCAGCUGGAGCGGGAGAUGAAGAGCCAACACGCUGAUGCCACAGACGACGAAGAUAACAUCCUUCCGCCAACAUUCAGUGACGAAGUUCACCAUGCCGAAGACUAUCGCAUCGGAUCAAAGUUCGCCUCACGGAGCAGGGCUUACGUUGAGGCGGACAAGGAACUUGAGAACGACUCAGUACGACGGAAGUUCACUGCAGCACGAGUUGCCUUUGUUGAGAACGAUGAAGAGGCUGAUGAUUCCAUUGAGGACGUAGCUGGUGGCUUUGCCAAGUUUGACGGCCCAGAUCGCACCGAAGCUAUUGCGCAUUACAACAUUGCGAGCCUCGCUGAUGCUGCCAUCGAAGUCGAAAGGACGCCAACACCACAACCAGAACCAAAGGCGAUUGAGGUCAUUCCAAAUGAGCAUGCUGCUCUGCUCAUGAUGCUUGCAGAUAUAUCAGCACAUCAGCCGCGUACCACUGCCGCACCAAAACCUCAAUACCACUACCCAGAUCCUCGUCAGCAGCCCCCACCGCCGCCGCGAGCGACAACACCGGUUAUCAAGCAAGAGUUUGUGCGAGAAAAGUCGCCGGAAUUCGCACAGCCAGCCAUGCCACUAGGAUUGCCGUCGCAAGCUGCGCAUAGCAGUCCGCCCAAAGUUACCCAGGUGGCAGUGGAUCUUACUCAAAAUGUUUCCCGUUCGGAGCCCAAUGCUGCACCGUCAACGAAAGAGACUGAGGCCCCUGCAAAGACAACUCCAAGGUUAUCCACACAUAGAAUCAUGGAUAUUCUCAAUGACGAUCAAGAAGUCCCAGUCUCGAGGACAAGGGAAUCGCAAUCCUCAACUCAGCAACCCAGCACACCAUCAAUGCGGGAAUCUUCCAUACAUCCUCAAACGCCAUCUAGGAGCGAUGCUCUCAGAGUAGACGCUGUCAUGAACAAGGAAGAGCCACCUAUUGACCAGGCACUGAUGGACGCAUUGAGUGGCCCGCCUCAGAGCAACCCACCUUCGUCACCCCCAUCGAACACUCAAUCGUGGCAACACCCAAGUGUGCCACCCCAGACACGAGAGUCUGACGAGUCCUUACGUCGUCGGGAUCCUCUGCAAAAGAUCAGGGAACUUCUAGACCGGAAGGCACGCGAGCUUGCGCCGCCGAUCAACUUCCGUUUCGCGCAUUAUGAUCCUGCGCCACCACGCCAACCGUAUCCACCGCAAUCACCAAGCUACCCACCCACCUCACAUCCGCCACAAGGCCCGCCACCACCGUCAUACCAACCAGCAUACGGCAGUGCUCCAUCCUAUCAAGGCGGCUACAUACCACCUCCAGGGUCCUUCCAAGCACCACCCCCACCACCUUCCUCCAUGGCCCCAUACCAACCGCUUAAGAUUCACCAGUACGGUGGCCAACCCAUACUCCCCGCAAACAUGGCACCACUCCCACAUAGUGGACCACCGCCUCUACCUUUCAUCGGCCAAUCUGGACCACCGCAACAACAGGGGCCUCCUCCUCCUCAGCACCAACAACAGCAGCAGCAGCAGCAGCAGCAGCAAGCCUACUCUCCAACGCAUCCCCAUCCCCCACCGAUGCAAUACGAGCAACGCGAAGCGCACUCUCAGAGUAACGGUGACCGGUCUUCAGAAUCACAAUCAAGACCUAGACGGCAGUACAGAAGCUAUCACGCCCCCGGCACGCAAUUCCGAAGCUACCAAGGUCCCGGAGAACAGCGGAGGAGAGGCGGCUGA